AUGACUACAGGUUUGACUGAAAAUGAUAUAAAUUCAAUAAUUAGUCAUCUAACUAGGACUCUUUCAAGUUGUGUGAGAUUUUGUACAAAAAGUAGUAUUGAUAUACGAGCCCCAAUCAUUCCAUUAUUUGAAGAUCACUAUAAUAUUGUACCAUCAUCAAAUAAUGAACAAAAUACAAUUCAAGUAUAUCAAGGUCAUUUGUCAAAUUCAAAUAUAUUUAACAUGACAACUGGACUUUAUAAAUUAGCUUCAGAACACUAUCAAUGGUCUAAAAUGAAUUAUGUGAAGGUUCGAAGAACGGAAUCUUCAGAGAAUAAAAAUAAAAAUAAUACAAUAAUUAAACAUAAUUAUGAAAAAAUUGAUGAUAAAGACUUAAAAGUGAAGUCUACACCAUAUUUGGAUUAUUUAUCAAGCCAAUAUGAUGGUAUAGAUAGUCCUAUAGUUCAAACAAUAACAAAUAAACAUGGUAAUAUUAUUAUGCAAUGCAUAUUAAUCUUUCUUAAUAAUAAUAGUACAUUUGGACAUUCAAUUGCAUCUUUGGAGGUGAGAUCAAAAAUUGUACUGCUUCUAAGUGAUAUAAUAAGAGCUCUAAAACGUCUUAAAAUUCUAGAAUGCUCAACUACUGAUUUUCAUGUUCUCGUUGAUAUUCUUAUUCGAGAACUAAUUAUAAUGAGAGAUUUAGGAUUUGCAUGUUUCGAAUUUGUUUCUUGUCUUAAUAUUGUAACAAAAUGUAUAGCUUCAACACCAGAUAAAUAUCGUUGGGGAGAGGCUACAACACUUUUAUCUGUUGCAGAGUCACUAAUUGAUGGAUUUGGAGUCAAAUCUCCAUGA